AUAUAUCAGUGGCCGGAUAUUAUAAUUGGUUGUGCUGGGUUCGUCGUCCAUUAUGUGUUACGUCAGGUAUUAAACCCCUUCUUCACAUAUGAGGAAGAUGUUAAGAAAAUUAAUGGUUGGAUAUUCUUUGGCAGUGAAAUAAAGGUAUAUUUUCAUAUCAUAAUUCUCAUUGGCUGACCUGAGAGCAUUAAGUAUGGCACAGUUUGAAAGAACAUACGACUGACAUGGUGCUUGAUUCCUUGCUGUUCCCCUUCUCGAUGAUAAUUACAGGUGCAAUUAUCUUCUUGCUGGUUUAUUUCGUGAUAUGUUUAUCAGAUUUAGAAUGUGAUUACUUGAAUGCUCAACAGUGUUGCUCGAAGCUGAAUGCGUGGGUGUUACCAAAGCUGAUUGCCCAGGACUUUCUUACACUUCUUUUCCUUCUCCUUGGUCACUGGAUACUUGCAUUUGCAAAUCUUCCAUUGGCAAUUUGGCUUGCAUAUGAAUAUUACACAGUGCCCACGGGAAACACGGGAAUGUUUGAUCCUACUGAGAUUCAUAAUCGGGGCAAAUUGAAGAAACAUAUGCGAGACUGUAUGAUAUAUCUGGGAUAUUAUUUUCUCUUUUUCUUUGUGUAUUUGUACUGGUAAGUCUUUAUCAUAUGGUUUCUUUUACAUUUUUCUUCCAGUGUUUCUGUAUAUUUAAUUGCAUUAAGUAAAGCCAAAAACACAGGUAUGAUUGCUUUACAGUCUUGUUACAGUAUUUAUGCUGUAUUAUACUUGAAGAUUUCUGUCUUCUGGGUUGUUGCGCUGUGUAGUCUGGUCGAUGUUAACCAACGUUUCAGAGGUCAUACUGCCUCCGUCAUC